AUGGAUGUGCCUCGCAAGCUGACUCAGAUGUGCCACGUGUUCCCAGCCAACCUGGAUAUGUGUCUCCUCGUGAAAUCCUACCACUUCCCAAAUGUCCCCCAAGAACACAAACCAAACGAAAGCGUCAAAGACAGUGAUGAAGAGCCACAGCUGACGGUCCACAUCGGGGAGCCACACACAGAGGCCCUGGACGAGAGUGUCAAAAACAGGGUUGAUUUGGUUUACUCCCUUAACGACAGGCCACCCUGGUACCUCUGUAUUCUGCUCGGUUUCCAGCAUUACAUCCUGGCCUUCGGUGGCAUCAUCGCUGUCCCCCUGAUCCUGGCUGAGCCACUCUGCAUUAAAGACAACAAUAAUGCCAAAAGUCAGCUCAUCUCCACCAUCUUCUUUGUGUCAGGAUUAUGCACGCUGCUGCAAACAACAUUCGGUACCAGGUUACCGGUCCUCCAGGGUGGGACCUUCAGUUUCAUCACUCCGACCCUGGCUAUUCUCGCUCUGCCCAAGUGGCAGUGUCCGGCCCCGAAAGCAUCUGUGGUGCUGUCCAUGCAGCUGCAGAACGGCAGCAGCCCGCUGCACAUGGAGGACUCAGAUGAGGUCUGGAUGUCACGGAUGCGUGAGAUCCAGGGAGCCAUCCUGGUGUCCUCUUUGCUCCAGAUAGUCCUUGGCCUUUCUGGGCUGGUGGGCUUCGUGCUGCGAUUCAUCGGCCCGCUGGCUAUUGCUCCCACCAUCAACCUCAUCGGCCUGUCGCUAUUUAUUGAAGCUGGAAAGAAAUCUGGAGGUCACUGGGGCAUUGCUGCUCUCACGGUCUGUCUGAUCCUCCUGUUCUCUCAGUAUCUCAGCAAAGUCGACGUUCCAAUGAUUGCUUACAAGGAUAAGAAGUGGAAGGUUUUCCAGUAUCCACUCUUCAAGCUCUUCUCUGCUAUGUUCGGGAUGUGUGGAGCAUGGCUGGUCUGCUUCUUACUCACCAUUUUUGACGUCCUUCCUUCAAAGUCCAAUGAGUACGGCUUUUCAGCCAGGACCGACAUCAACCUGGACGCUGUGACUAACUCCCCCUGGUUCCAUGUUCCUUACCCUGGUCAAUGGGGUGUGCCCACAGUGAGUUUGUCUUCAGUGUUGGGCAUGAUUGCUGGAGUCCUAGCAUCAACCAUGGAAUCGAUUGGUGACUACUAUGCAUGUGCUCGCUUAUCUGGAGCCCCCCCACCAACUCACGCCAUAAACCGAGGUAUCGCUGUGGAGGGCAUCGGCUGCAUCCUGGCUGCAAUGUGGGGAACAGGAAACGGCACCACCUCCUACAGCCAAAACAUUGCUGCACUUGGCAUAACCAAGGUUGGCAGCAGGCUGGUCCUCCAAACGACUGGUAUCCUGAUGAUCGUCCUGGGAAUCUUUGGGAAAUUUGGAGCCGUUUUUAUCACCAUCCCAGACCCGGUUAUUGGGGGCAUGUUUCUCGUAAUGUUUGGAAUGAUUGCAGCAGUGGGAAUAUCAAAUCUCCAGUAUGUGGACCUUAACUCAUCCCGUAACCUCCUCAUUCUGGGCUUCUCUACCUUCAGUGGUCUCGUUUUACCGUCCUGGUUUCACUCUAAUCCUGGCAUCAUCGACACAGGAAUCAAAGAGCUGGACCAAGUCAUCGUCGUGCUCUUCACCACACACAUGUUCAUUGGAGGAUUCUUUGGGUUUAUCUUGGACAACACCAUUCCCGGCACUGAAAAAGAGCGAGGCAUCAAGAGCUGGCAGGAGAAGGUGCAAGGGGGAAGCGAAUCCAUGUGUAAUCUUUCUUGCUACGAUAUCCCUCUUUGCAGCGGUCUUUUGAAACGGUAUCGAUGUUUCCAGUACAUGCCCUUCCUCCCUUCUUACAUGUCAAACCAACAGGGGACAUCCAAGUAAUGAAAGACCAACCUACGAAGAAGCACUGAUGCCAGACAGUAGUGGUAGAGCACUGAUAAACAACAGUAAAAAGAGGAGAAUGCAUCAAAAAUUGGCUUUAAUUCUCACUUGAACAUUGUACAAAGGUUGUGGAUUUACUUGUCACUUAUAUUAUAUAUUGGAUUAAACUAACCCUAAAUCCUACAAAUCUUCAAAAGGAAAUUACUGGUAAAUGUUUGCAUUUUCUGUAUUGUUUACAGUCAGGGUGAACUGUGGAAGGAUCAUUACCGGUUGAGAUCCCUGCACCCGAGGCCGCGUGGCCCCUCGGUACUGGCAGCGGAUCGUCACUCCACUCUCCCUUUUGCUGCAUAGUUGACUCAGUGUAGUUUUAAAACUGAUAAUAAGACUGGAAUGCACAUGCAGAAAUUAGGGUGAUGAUAAAAGACCAGCUGGCUCUCUUAACCAUGAGUAACACAGUAAUCUGAGGGGUUAAAGAAUUGAAUCAGCCACAGUAAAUGAGGCUCUAAUAAAAAGUAUUAAAUAAACAUAAUAUAUUCCUAAGCACUAAGAAAGCAAUAUUUUGUCAAAUAAAUUACACACUACCACAUCAUUUUGUGGUUAAUAAAAAAGUUCAUAGGAACUGCCUGGACAAGCUAAACACAACAAGAAACAAUCAGAUCUGAUCAACAAUUUGCAAACACACUUGAGGCCUGAAAUACACUGUACAAUUGUAAAACUAUUGUGAUGGAAUGAGAAUCCCAAUUAUGAGCCUUAUCCUGCUUUUGAUCAUAUUCAGGAUAUGGUGUUUAUAUGCACACAAAGAAACUUGGUUAUUUAUAUCCCUGUAUACAUGAUCAAUACUUGUAUCCCAGUUUCUGAUUACUGCAUCUUAUUUGUGCAGAGGCCUGUGAUGUUUAUUUUUUACAAAACAAACCGUGGCAAUUUAGAAAUCUGACAAAUUUGAGACCACUGUGGCUCAUUGUGGGCUUAAAUGCCAAUAUGGCGUUGUAGAUAUAACGUAUCCACCUGAUUUCCAGCUACGGGAGGAGAGAGCGACAGAAAAUUAAACAUGUCCUCACCUCUGACUGGUGUCAACCUGUCACUGCCACCGCUUAGGACAAGGGAGCAAUGGGUGAUGGUAUGCAGUCGUGAUUGGUACGUGUUGGGAAACCGGCAUCCUGUAGCCUGUUCACCGCAGACAUAAAUGCCGUCAUGUCCAUGCUCUUUCCCAUCUAAACUUCCAAUGAUAUUUACAUUUUUUAUUUGCUAAGGACAAAACUUGGUUUCUUUGUCACUACAGAAUGAGACGAUCUUGUGGCGCCACUGUUUGUUUUGCUGGUAUGUCACUUGGCAGGUAGUCAGCAGAUAUCACAAACUGGGGUAAGGUGUUUACAUGCCACAGUAUCACAUUUUCUUUGGUAGAUCUGCAUGUUGCAAAAUUGUGUUUCUCAAAGUCGAGAUAAGGGCUUAUCCCGGUGUAUGAAAAUAGGACAUAUUUACAUGCUGAACAGAAAAAAUGGGAUACUUAAAAAAACCUGAUUAAAACCUAAAUACUCAAGACCAUGUACUCAGGGUCUUCUCAAACUGUACAAUUGAAUACUUUAUUCCGCACAACCAAAUCUUAUGAAUUACGUGUUUACACUGUUAAAUCAUGACAGAGCAUUGACAAUUGUCAUCAAAGUUUCCUUCCCACAAACGGAAGUUAAAGUCAACACUAGGUAUUUCAGAUGUCUCAUAUGUACGGCUCAAAUAUAAAAUCUGUCAAAAACCUCUUGCUCGCUCGCUCUCUCUCACUCUCUCUCUCUCAAACACUUAGCCUCACCAACAAACACAAGCUUACUAAAAGUAGCUUACUAGCAUGCUAAAUCAUAACAAAUAUCUUCUGGCAGCUGGUAUUCUGCAGCUAUUUCCUUAAAGUUAAUAUCUUUUGUGAUAAGAGGGGGAAAACUGGUCGAACAGUUAUGCCUGCUUUUGUCAUAAUGUUUUCAAAUGCUGACUGACAUUUUACGCAGGUACAGUCAACAAAAAAAGCUGUGAAGUUGUGAAUUGUGCUCGAUUAUGUUCAUGUUGUCAUACGACCAAAAAUAUCAAACAUGCCAGAAAAUCAUCUUAGCAGUCGGUUCACCUGUACCACACUGCACGCCAAAACAACAACAAACAAACUUCAAAAUCAGUCGUGCGACUAAAAAAAGGCGUCAGAAUUGGACUGAACUCGUACAGUGUAUGCCCGACCUAAGACACUUCUAUAAGUGUGAGGCAGAUUCCUUUUUUAAAUUGUGCACCAAAUGUUGGCAUUACCGAUGCUCAAAGUGCCUCUCCUACAUUUUGGACACCUGACAUGCUUGCAGAAUUAAAUAGAUGACCUCUUUAUAAACUGAUGCACUUUUCCACAACUGUGUCAUGAAGCUGCCCUGAAGCCCCGGUUCAGGUGGUAUGAAUGUGUCGUAACCCAUGCGUUUUGUCACUGUAUAGAAGUCAAAUUUGGGUACAAACAUGAUGCUUUUAUUACAUGUAAUAUAACUAAUUUUUGUAACAUAAUUUGUAAUCGUUUCUAAACUGUGACUAUAAAGGGUUGUUUUUAAAGACACUUUGGAGUUAAUAAAGACUUGUAAUUUCCAACA